CAGAAUCACAUUGUCCGCCUGGACUCUAUCAACUCUACUUACGCGGCGCGUGGGAGUCAUGGCGUAUUUCCCAGGCAGCUUGGUGGAUAUCAGCGGCCUGCCGGGGAAGGCCACUCCCGUGCCUUCGGCCGCAGUGCUUGGGGUCCAAGCGGUGGACCUCAACGGAGACUCCGCGCAGCUGCUGCACUUCGACAAGGGGCUCCAGAAGUGGAUCGCCGCCACCUUCUCGGGGCGCACCAUCGCCAUCGACGGGCAGCAAGUGAAGCCCGUGACGUCGGAGGCGGUCGCGAACUACGAUUUUGUGCUUGGCCCCAAGUCCGACUACGACCUGAGCGGCCAAGAGAUCACCGCGGCUCUGGCCACCAAGGGUUACGCCCUCGUGAAGCUCAUCGUGGCAGAGGAAGAUGCCGCUGCGAUGCUGGAUGUAGCGAAACGUUUAGAUGACGAUCAGCAGUUUAGCCGGCUGGCCAUCGAGUUCGAGCGUGGCUACCUGGGAGAUGAUGGCAAUGCCAAGACUUUGCACAUCGGCUUGGACGCCCCGGACACACCUGACUACAUCAAGCAGUCGCCCCUGAAGACCAUGGACAACAACUUCGGGCAGAUGUGUAGCAUGUUGUCCAAGUACUCGGAAGAACAUCUAGGCUUUGAGGUUUACAGCCGAACCGAGAUGCUCUUGCGGAUGCCGCUGGCCGACCAUGAGGAGGACAAGUUCCCGCCUGCGGACAUCGAUGACGGAGACGCGGAGGGCUUCAUGCACUUGAUGUACCGCAGGAAGUUGACGGUGCUACAGUUCGUGGGUCCCUCCGACGGCGCCUUGAAGCUGCUGCCGUUGAAGGAAGGUGAUGAAGAGCUUGAACUGCGCGCGGAACCACACACCAUGUUGCUCAUGUUGAACAGCCGCUGGGAGUAUUCCUACACGCCCAGUGGGGAAUCCUUGGCUCUACAGACCUUCAUGCUCACCGAGCCAGCCAUUUACUGCUUGGAGGAUGAGAUCCAGGGCAACAUCGAGCACUUGACCGGCCAAUCCACCGGACCACCAGCGCCUCCCGGAGAGCAGGUCACCAUUGAGGCCAUGUACUGCCGCUAUGGCAUGCAGGCCGACGGGCGCUUCCAGUUCUGGCAGGGCGCGGCCAAGGCUUCGACGGAUGGCUUGACGGAGAUCCCGGUGUCGCGGUGGGACCAUGGACCCUACUUCGAUCCGGAGAGCAGCUUUGGGGGAUCCUACACCAGGCAUGGCUGCUUCGGAAUUGAAGGUGUGGACUUGUUCGACUGCAAGUUCUUUGAAAUCUCUCCAAUGGAGGCGAAGGGUAUGGACCCUUGCCAGCGCCAGGUCAUGGAAGUCUCCUACAUGGCCUUGCUAGAAGGCGGCUAUGACAAGAGGAGUCUUCAGCGGGAAGCGCAACACAUCGGGCACUUUGUGGGCAUCGAUAAGGACGACUGGAUGUGCAUGAGCGCUGCCGGUAUGUUGGACCUGGGCGGCGCACACGGUGCGGCCGCGGCCGCGAAUGCCAUCACGUCGAACCGCUUCUCCUACUCGAUGAAUCUGAAGGGCGCCAGCAUGACCAUCGACACAGCGUGCUCUUCAUCUUUGGUUUGUACUCAUGUCUCCAAGCUGCACCUGCGCUUCAAGGAUUUCGAGCCCAUGCCGGCCAGCGUGGUGAAUGGUCUCAACCUCAUGCUGUACCCCGGGCCCUUCGUCGGUUGCUGUGCAGCCGGUAUGCUGAGCCACGAGGGAAGGUGUUUCACCUUCAACAGUACGGCAGAUGGCUAUGCCAGAGGUGAGUUGUGCGGAGCGCUGACCUGCAAAUUGAAGCAGUUCAACCCGCAAACGGGCUCCAUUUGCUGCCUCGCGGGCAGUCAGUCCAACCAGGAUGGCCGAAGUGCAAGUCUGACAGCACCCAACGGGCCAGCACAGGAGAAGUGCAUCAAGGCCGUGCUGCGAGAGUGUAAGCUCACACCCACUGAAGUGGAUUGCAUCGAAUGCCACGGCACUGGAACGGCCUUGGGCGAUCCCAUCGAGGUUGGAUCCUUCAAAAAGGUGAUGAGUGCAACGCCGCGGAAGGAGCCGCUGGUGAUCACGUCUUCCAAGUCCAAUAUCGCCCACGCCGAGGGAGGUGCUGGUUUGGCCGGAUUCUUCAAGUGCUGUUUGCAAGUGUCCAACUGCGAGGGUGCCGCCAAUGUCCACCUAAAGGUUCGAAAUCCGCACUUGGAUAUGGAGGGCUUCCCCUGCCAGAUCCUCUCAGAAUCCCUGGCGUUGCGAGAGGACGCCGCCUAUGCAGGUGUCUCCUCCUUCGGCUUUGGUGGCACUAAUGCCCAUGCCGAGGCUUGGGGCAAAAACAUCAUGAACUCGCGUGGGUGCAUGGUCUCCGAUCCCAUCAAGCUCUUCGAACGAAAGUUGGCCAAGGCGCCUCCGGCGGAGAUCACCAUGAACGGUGACGAUGUGCGGGACUGGGAGACCACUGGGCUGGACCCUGCUGGCGAGAUCGGCGACCGAUACAUGAUCGAGCUCGAUGAGGAUGGCGUGGCCACUUGGGAAAAGGUAGACGAGGAGCUUGUUGACUGGGGCGAUGACUUCUUCAUUCAGGGCACGUUUAACAAUUGGGAUGCUGAAGCGAUGGAGAGGUCGGAUUCACUGCUGGGGCUUUGGGUGGCUGAGAUUGUUCUUGGCAGCACGGGUGUGGAGCACUUCCAGAUCAUGGCAGACAACGAUGAUGAGAAGGUCUACUGCCCCGAACGGCCGAACUGCGCUUCCAAGGUGGCGCAAGUUCAAGGCCCAAAGACGGCUCCCAAGGAGAAGUCCUGGGUCAUUCGUGGAGCUCCAGGGGAUAAGUUCAAGAUCGAGUUCUUCCAACAGGAGAAGAAGCGUUCAAUUCUUUGGAUGAAGAUCUAGAGUCGGGCCGUCUGAGUUGCUAGGGCCGCGACAGAACACCGAAGGAUCCGUCUUGAAAUCCGACCAAAAGGAGAGAUGUUUAGGUGAAAGGUUG